AUGCCGCUCUGUCUCACCUUCAUCGACUUGAAGAAGGUCUUCGACUCAGUUGAGACGGAAGCGGUCGUGGAAGUCUUGGACAACCAAGGCGUCCCUACUCAGUACAUAAAGAGGGGGAUCCGACAGGGUUAUACAAUUUCACCCAAAAUAUUCACAGCCACCCUCGAGAACGCAAUGCGAAAGUUGGUAUGGGACGACAUGGGAGUGAAAGUUGAUGGUCGGCAGCUACACCAUUUGCGCUUUGCUGAUGACAUCGUAUUGAUAAAACCUAACAUCAGCCAAGCGGAACGAAAGCUGACCGAAUUCGACGAAACAUGUAGAUGCAUCGGUCUUCAGCUGAAUCUACAAAAGACGAUGUUCAUGCGCAACGGAUGGGUCUCGGAUGCCCCAUUCACGCUCAACGGAACGAACAUAUCCGAAUGCACCAGCUACGUUUAUCUGGGUCGGGAACUAAACAUGAUGAACGACCUGACCCCCGAGCUGGGCAGGAGGAGACGAGUGGCUUGGGGAGCGUACAAGAGCAUCGAGGAUGUAGUGAAGAAGACCAGGAACACCCAGCUCCGUGCUCACCUCUUCAACACCACCGUACUUCCUGCUUUGACCUAUGCAUCGGAAACCUGGGCAUUUCGCAAGGAGGAAGAAAACGCGCGCACUAUAGGAAGACCGCCGACCCGAUGGUCAGAUUUCUUCACGAAGUCCUUCAAAGAAAAUUGUGAUGCUCUUCGUGUCCCACGCGAGAGAAUGAACCACUGGGCGACACUCGAACCACGCGAUCGGGGCAAAUGGAAGAAUUGCUGGCGCUCGCUCGACCAGUUCGAAGAUCAACGGGAGUCAAGGUGGUACUGGGAUCGUAUCAGGAGCGACUGUCUUCCUUUCACUUUCUUUGGUCAAGGAGGGAACUUCAAUAACUUUCAAACCAAGGAACAUUGCAAUGACUUCUGCUCUGUGGAUUUAUGUCCUGUUGGUUCGCCCCUUCAUGGAGUGUCCGGGUCGCCUACCUCUUGCACUUCUUCCUUAGAAUGUCCCGUUCCUUACUCUUGUCAGAGGGGGAGAUGUUGUCCAAACUCAGAUAGUGUCUGUAAUCAACCACUGUCUGAAGGAAUCCUUUGUAUCGCAACACCGGUGACUCGAUUUUGGUUCAAUGCUAGCGCAGGAGCCUGUCAGCUCUUUUCCUACAAUGGUUGUGGAGGAAAUUCAAACAUAUUCUCGUCGCUAGAUGCUUGCCAGGAAACCUGCACAGGCAUUGAAGUUGGACCGUAUUGUCGCCAUGGACAAGCGUUGAGGAAGGACGAUGGCAAACUGGCCAGAUGUGGCGUCACCGCCUUAGGUUACGAAUGCCCUAUAAACUACGAGUGCUACCACGACAGAAAUGGUAGCGGAUGCUGCCCCUCUUCAGAAUAUAUCUGUUCACUACCACUCUCCACUGGUCGCCACUGCGGACAAACGUCAACGACUCGCUGGUACUUUGAUGGGACAACAAACUCCUGUAGGUCGUUUCUUUUCAAAGGAUGUGAUGGGAACAUGAACAUCUUUACCACAAAGCAGAGCUGCGAAGAGUUCUGUCCUAGGAGAGGUUUAACCUGUCCUUAUGGUGCGAUGCAUUAUCGUCGCUCUACCGGAGAAGAUUUUGAAUGCUUUUCCGACAGGGACUGUCCUUUUAACCAUGCCUGUAUGCCACCAAUUCUGUACAGAGGCAUUGAGAGGAGACUCUGUUGUCCAACUAGACUUUCGAAUUGUAAGCAAGUUGAAGACAGUGGAAACAACUGCGGACAGUUGAUAACAAGGUUCUUCUUUGACAAUGUCACCAAAUUGUGUAAACCGAUGAAAUUUUGGGGUUGUGGAGGUAACUCAAACAAUUUCCCUUCCGAAGAAAGUUGUUACAAGUACUGUCUCAGUUCAGCAUGUGCUCCUUCUGAAGUAGUUCUACUUUCGUCAACAUUUGGAAUUCCAUUCAACUGCUCUGAUACACCGUGUCCACCUGGUUACUCGUGCGUGGUGGACGUAUGGAACCCAAAAAGCAUGGUUUGCUGUGGAACACCUAAUUUUGAUGGCUGCCCAGAUGGCUUGCAGGCGUUAAUCGAUCUCUACACGUUGCUUCCGAUCUCUUGCCGCGGCAACAAUUGUCCAUCAAGUUCCCAUUGCCUUUUUCAUCCACAAAAGAAGCGACAUUUUUGCUGUGGCUCGUCGAAACGUAUAGAAUCGUGCCCUUCUGGAUCGCGCCUUGUCCUCCUUAAAAGUGGAGAUCGAAUGGGAUGUAAUUUGCAUGCGCACUGCCCUGAAGGUGCAACUUGCUACAGGUCCAACUCAGUAUUUUCUGGAGUUUGCUGUAGAAGUCUCAGUGAACUGUGUGGUGCACCAAUGAAUAUCGGCGUGACAUGCAAUGAUGCCCAUCUGACUGCUCCAGAAAGGUAUUAUUAUGACCCAAAGACGUCAACAUGUCGUCGAUUCUUCUACCAGGGAUGUGGCGGUAACGCAAACAACUUUCAGGAUGAAGCCAAAUGCGUGGCCGUUUGCGAAACCGCUGUGGUCGCCACUCUUUCUAGGGAAACUACAAUUUUCACACGAUCCUCUUUGAAUGAGCGGCACUGCUCAUCCAGAGAACGUUGCCCAGGACAGACUGUCUGCGUCAAUGAAAAAUGUGCAUGCCGACCUGGUCAAGUGCAGUUGCGGGGCAUGUGUUACUGGAAGUGCCCUGCAGGCUACAGGAAUGUUGACAGUAUCUGCAUUCAACGCAUCUUCGACUACAAUAACGAACGUUUUUACUCGUGA